AUGGAGGUUGUGGUGGGAGUGGUGUGUUUUGGUGUUGGGUGUGGGUAUGGUUGGUGUGGUUUUUUGUGGGGUGGGGGAGUGGUUGUGUGGGUUGGGUGGUUUGAUGGGAGGUGGAGAUAUGGUGAAUAUUGGGGUUUGGUUGGGGGGUUGGUAGGUGGUUUGUGGUUGUGGGUGGGUGUUAGGGGAGUGUAUGGUGGAGUUUGGUUUAGGGGUUGGGGGGGGUGGUGGUAUGGUGUGGUGGGGGGGGGUGUUGUUGGGGGGGGGGGUUGGGUGGGGGGGUUUGGGGGUUUGUUGGGGGGUGGGUGGUUUGUUGAUAUUGAUGGGGGAUAUGGGUUUGGUUGGGGUGGUUUGUUGAGGGGGUGUGGGGGUUUAUGUGGGUGUGGGUUGGUUGUUUGGUUUAGGUGGGUGGGAUUGGGGUGGAGGGGUGAUGGGGAGAGAUUGGGGAUGGUGUGGGGGGGAUUAGAGGGGGGAGAUUGUGGGUUGUGGUGUGGGGUGGGGGGGUGGUUUUGGGGGGGGGGGGGGGUUUGGGUGUGGGGGUUUGGGAGGUGUGGGGGUGGGGGGGGGUGGUGGGGGUGGUUGUUGGUGGUGGUUGUGAUUGUGGGGUUUUGGGGUGUGGUUGGGGGGGGUUUUGUUGUGUUGUUGGUGGGGGGGGGGGGUGGGUUGGUUGGGGUGGUUGGUUGGGGGUGUGGGUGGGUUGGGGGGGGGGGGGGGGUUGUGGUGGGUGGGGGGGGUGUUGUUGAUUUGUGGUGGGGUGAGGUUUUUGGGGGGGAUGAUGGAGUUUUUGUGGUAGAUGUUGGGUGGUGGGGGGUUGUGUGUUGGGUGGUUGGGGUAGUUGGGGUGUUGUGGUGGGGGGGUGUGUUUGUGGGUGUUUGGUGGGGGUUUGGUUUGGUGUUGUGGGUGGGUGAGUGUUGUGGAGGGGGGGUGAGGGGGUUGGGUGUUGGGGUUGGUGUGGUGGUGGGGGUUGUGGGGUUUGGUUGGGGGGUUGGUGGUGGGGUGGGUUUGGGGGGGGAUGGGGGUGGGGGGGGGGUGGUGAGUGGGGGGUUUGGGGUAUGGGGGAUUGGGGUUGGUUGGGGUGGUGGUUUUGAGUUGGGGGGGGAGGUGUGGGUGGUUGAUGAGGGGUUGGAUGUUGAUUUUGUGGGUUGUGUGUGUGUGGUGGGGGGGAUUGUGUUUGUGUGA